GUUUCACGUUUUCAGCCGUCUGCGUUUACACAUUUUCAGAGUUUUCACUUGGUUGCUUCCAUUACCUGCUCAGAUUUGUUCGACCACACGCGAAGUUCCACGAACGAAGCUCACCCUUCUCCGCCGCCGUGCGCUUCUCCGGCGAUCAGGUCCGAAGCCACUGAUUCUCCUCCAACAUCGUUGAAGGCAUUAACCACCUAUUCUACGCCACCGUCACCUCCGAUUUAUGGAUGCUUUGCUAUAAUGUCGCUGAUUUUCUUCUCUUUCGACACGAUUCGGUUUCUACCAUUAAGUUGCAGUGAAAGGGAGUAUCAUAGAGGGGACAAGAUUGCUUUGUCGUGGACGGUGAUAAAAUUGCUCAAAAUGAGUACAAUCUAGCUACUGCUUAUGCAUUUGAUAGAGUUUUUGGACUACAUUCCAAUUUAGAAGUGGUGUAUCAAGUUGCAGCCAUACCUGUGGUGGAGGCUGCCCAUAGAGGGCAUCAAUGGUAUUAAGGUUCUAAUAUAGAAGAUUGAUAAGGACAACGAUGGAGCUCACUAUUGUUCAACCUGAUGAUUGGCAUCUUCACCUUCGUGAUAGUGCCCUCCUUGAAGCUGUCAUCCCUCACAGUGCAAAGCAUUUUGGAAGGGCUAUAGUAAUGCCGAAUUUGAAACCACCCAUCACCACCACAGCUGCUGCUAUUGCUUAUCGAGAGUCCAUUUUGAAAGCAAUACCUAAAAAUAGCAACUUCACUCCUCUGAUGACACUUUACCUAACAGAUAUGACAACUCCUGAUGAGAUUAAACUUGCAAAAAAAAGUGGAGUUGUUUAUGGUGUGAAGUUGUAUCCUGCUGGUGCAACAACAAACUCCCAAGAUGGUGUUACAGAUAUUUUUGGAAAAUGUUACUCUGUUCUUCAUGAAAUGGUUGAGCAAGAUUUACCAUUAUUGGUUCAUGGAGAGGUUACAAAUCCAGAAGUUGAUGUUUUUGACCGGGAAAAGGUCUUCAUUGAAACUAUCUUAGAGCCUUUAGUUCAAAGGCUUCCACAGCUGAAGGUUGUGAUGGAGCAUAUUACCACCAUGGAUGCUGUUAAAUUUGUAGAAUCUUGCAAAGAAGGCAAUGUUGCAGCAACUGUUACACCACAGCAUCUUUUUCUCAAUCGUAAUGCUUUGUUCCAAGGUGGCUUACAACCUCACAAUUACUGUCUUCCAGUGCUCAAAAGAGAGAUCCAUAGACAGGCCAUUGUUUCAGCUGUCACUGGUGGAAGUACACGGUUUUUCCUUGGAACUGAUAGUGCUCCACAUGAUAGGCGUAACAAGGAAUGUUCGUGUGGAUGUGCUGGCAUAUACAACUCCCUGGUUGCUCUAUCCAUAUAUGCGAAGGUUUUUGAAGAGGCCGGUGCACUUGACAAGCUGGAGGCUUUUACAAGUUUUAACGGACCUGACUUCUACGGCCUCCCCAGGAACAAGCUAAAGAUUAAACUGAGGAAAGCUCCAUGGAGAGUUCCUGAGUAUUUGUCAUUUCCAUUCGGAGAUAUUGUUCCCAUGUGUGCUGGUCAAACACUUGAAUGGGAGGCGUUGCUUAAUUAAGUGGUGUGUCUAUUUGAAAGUUUGGUAUCUUCAAGCUUAAAUUAGUGGUUCUUGAGAUGAGAAUUUAUGUAGAGUUCUGAACUUUGAUCAGUUAAUUCUGUUUUGAACUCUACAGAUUUCUUGCAGAUAAAUGUUGUUUGUAGACUUAUAUUUUUUUUUGGAUAGGCUAUUGUACACUUAUAUUUAUCUGCUUUCUGUUCAACUUUUACAUGGAAAUUAUUGAUGCUAUCCAGACAUAAA